UGUGAGAACACCUUGAAACAGGGCUGAACUCUGAGAGGAAGAUCUGGGGUCUGCUGGGUCCCCUAAGGCACUGAGCUGUCCUCCAUGAAGUCACAGCCUUUCAAAGCCGGGAGCAAAGAAAAGCAGCACUGAGGACAUGGAAAAUUGCUGCAAGAACUCUCUGCUCUACCAGUUUACCUGCCUGCUUGUCCUUGAACAGCUGCUUACCUGGGUGUCCACAAAAGAGUUCACGGUGUCUGGUCCCUCAGACCCCAUUGUGGUUGCUCCAGGUGGGGAAGCCAUACUUCCCUGCUCCCUGUUUCCAGCCAUGAGUGUGGAGAACAUGGAGGAGCUCAGGUGGUUCCAUGCCAGAUUCUCAGGAGCCAUAUUUGUCUAUCGGAACCAACAAGCGCAGAAAGAAGAGCAGAGGGUUGAGUAUUCAGGGCGGACUUCCCUGGUGAAGGACCACUUCCAGGAAGGCAAGGCUGCCGUGCGCAUCAGACAUGUUCAGGAGUCAGACAGUGGGAUUUAUGUCUGCUUCUUCAAACGGGGUCUCCUCUAUGAAGAGGCCAUCUUGGAGCUGAAGGUGGCAGCGAUGGGCUCUGUCCCUGAAGUGCACAUCAAAGGUCCUGAAGAUGGUGGUGUGUGUGUGUGUGUGGUGUGCAGGGCUUCAGGGUGGUACCCAAAGCCCCAGGUGCAGUGGAGAGAACCCAGAGGGGAGAAGCUCCCAGCAUUCUCUGAGACCCACACUGAAGAUGCUGAGGGGCUGUUCAGCAUGGAGUCUACAUUGGUGGUGAGAAACAGCUCUUUGGGGAAUGUGACCUGCUCUGCCUUCAAUCCCAUCUUGGGCCAGGAGAAGGCCAUGCCCAUGGUCAUUCCAGAGCCCUUCUUCCCUCAGGGUUCUCCUUGGAUGUCAGCUUUUGUUGUCAUCACGACCAUUAUGGGACUUCUAGUCUUAGGGUCAUGCUGUUUUCUCAGAAAACAACAUUGUACGAGGCUGCAUUUGUGCCAGGAAUGGGAGAAUCUACAGUGUGAGAAGGAGGCACACCAGAAGACAAAAGAGGAUGCACUGACAACCAUAAGCACACUCCAGGAGGAGCUCGAUUGGAGGAAGGCAGCUUACAUGGCUGCCUGGAGGAAGGCCCAGCUGUAUGCAGAUUGGCGAAAGGAGCACUUCCAGGCCUGGCCUGUCACUCUGGAUCCAGACUCUGCCCACCCCAUCCUUGACAUCUCCCGGGACAGGAUGCAUGUGUCUCGAAAGGAUACCACUAUGUGUCUUGAUGACCUCUUCUGUGUGUUAGGCAUGGAAGGCAUCUCCUCUGGAAGGUGUUACUGGGAGGUAGAGAUAAAGAAUGGAGACAGCAGCAAGUGGAUUCUGGGGGCUUGUCGGGAAGGUGUGAAGAGAGAAGGCUUGUACUUUGAGAGUCCAGAUAAGGGGUUUUGGACUGUGGGACUCAGUAGUGGAUAUUGGGCCUAUAUUGAUACUGGGAGGACUUCAUUAUCUUUUAGGGCAUCUCCCCAGCGUGUGGGGGUGUUUGUGAACUACAGUGAAGGUGACAUUUCAUUCUAUAACAUGAGUGACUUGUCCCACAUUUUCACCUUCCACGAAGCUUCCUUCUCUGGGACUCUUUAUCCAUACUUCAGGAUUAAGUCCGGAACUGUUUGUAUGAUUCUCUGCUCCAUUGCACAGGGGUGUGAUGGAGAAGAGGGGUAGGAGCAGGAGGAGGAGGAAGGAGAGGAGUGGGAAGAGGAGGAAGAGGGGAAAGAGUUGGAAAAAGCCAUGUUUGUUUCCUUUGAUGGAGUCUCUGAAUCCCCUAGGGGAGGGGCUCCCCACAGGUGCUAG